CUUGGCCUCUCUUACAAAGAAUUUGGGUGAUAACCACCCAAUUACGACUAAGUAUUUUAAGAAGCAAGGCUAUUCUUCAGAACAGAUUUCCUUAGCAUAUCACAAAGGAAUCUUUCCUCAUGAAUUCAUAGACUCCCAUAAUCGAUUUAAGGAAACAGAAUUACCUCUGAUUAAUGAGUUUCAUAGUGUCCUUAGAGGAAAGAUUUCACAAGAGGAUUAUAAUCAUGCCCAAAAUGUAUAG